AAUAGGUAAAUAGUCGAAAGGACCUACGUGACCCUGGCUACGAGCGUCUGUAGAACACGUGUGCGGUGGGCCCAGCAAUAGACAAUAGAAUGCGGCAACGGCCAGAGCGAGUCGAAAAGCAGCGUGCGAGUCGAAAAGCAGCGUGCGAGUCGAAAAGCAGCGUGCGAGUCGAAAAGCAGAGUGCGAGUCGAGAAGCAGAGUGCGAGCUGAGCGGAGACAGAGGUUGCGAGUGGCGUUGCCGAGAGAGUGUGGAUUGCGCUGUUUUCUGUGCGUUUGGCGUGAAUAGUUCAGGUUGAACAACAAUCGUCUUUUUCUGUCUGAUUAACAUCUCUAUUGUCCACUCUUUGUAAACACAUUAUAUCACGAUAUUACAUAUUUUUGGGGGCUCAUCCGGGAUUGGACAAGACAGAAAACGAAACGGUUUAACAGAGCUAUUCGAGCUAGUUGUGAAUUUACCGGUACGCGGUGCGGUAAAAGACGAUAUCGUUGACGGUUUAAGUUUGUGUAGUGUGAAAAAUGGCAAACGUCGGGGACGAGCGAUUGUCGGGUGAAGAGGGUUCGACGCUGGAGGAGCUGAGGAGUAAGCUCGCGCGAAUGAACCUCCCUAUAUCGGGUGCGAGGUCAGUGCUGAUUGCAAGGCUGAAUCGGGCGGGUAGGGCUGGACAAUCGUAUCGUAAGGGAUCGACAGGCGGUGAAGAGCUAACCGGUCAACGAGAUUUCGAAAAUGUACAGAGAGCUGAGCGUGAUUGUAACGAAGAUGAAGAUGUUGAGAAAAUGAAUACGAAGGAGUUGAAGGAGCGCCUCGCUAGUUUGGGUUUAAAAACGACGGGAAGAAAAGUAGAAUUACGCGUACGGCUACAAGCGGCCAUGGAUGGUAACGACGUAUCGUCGGAAGAAGAAAGCGACGACGAAAGUGAGGAUGAAGAUGACAAGAAAAACGCAAGAGGAUACAAGAGAGAUACGCGAAGGGUGUAUCAGGACCGUGACGAAUGUUGUCGAAGGGCAUGCGUUGGUUCGACACUGAGUUUUAGAGACGUCGAAGAUGCAUUAGAGUCGUUUAGUGGCGACAAAGGUGAAAAUGUCGAACGAUGGUUCGAGUCGUUCGAGGAAGUCGCUGAUACGUGCAUGUGGUCGGAUGGGCAGAAGGCAGUCUACGCCAGGAAGCUGCUGAAGGGAUCAGCGAAAAUAUUCGCGAGCUUCGAGUGUCAUGCCAGGACUUGGCAUGAGUUGAAGAGGGGGCUAGUGAAAGAAUUUUCGAGGAAAGUCAACAGUAGGCAAGUACAUCAGAAACUUGAAGAAACAAAAAAGGAGAGUGAUGAAGCAUGUUUGGCCUACAUGUACCGCAUGCUCGAAAUAGCCAGCCAUGUGGACAUGGAGGAGGAAGCAAAGGUGGAAUACAUAGUGGAUGGAAUAAUAGACGACGAGAACAAUAAGGCUAUAUUGUACGGCGCUACGUCAAUCAAAGAGUUGAGGAAGAGGUUAGUGAUGUACGAAGAGCAGAAGAGUCGCAGAGCAAAGUCGAUUGUGAAGCCGGCUAAAACCCAGAAGAACGGGAAGCCCAGUCAAUCUGUAGAUGCAAUGAAGAAAAGAAGAUGCUUCAUUUGCGAUAGUGAGGAUCAUCUAAGUGUUAAGUGUCCGGAGAGGGGAGAAGGUGUUAGGUGUUUCGAGUGCAGCGGAUUUGGACAUAUUGCAGCGAGGUGUACGGCACGACCGAAAGAGACUUGCGUAGUGUCAAGAUCCGAAAAAGGGAAGUAUGUGAAAGAAGUGGCGAUAGAUGACUGUAGGUUUGUGGCAUUAGUGGAUACGGGUAGUGAUCUCACGUUCAUCCGAUCAGACGAGUAUGCGAGGUUAGGGUCACCACCGCUAGGUAAAUGCAAGUUUAAGUUCGACGGUUUUGGUUCCGCUGGCAAUGAGACCUGGGGUGAAUUCACUAAGGUAAUGACGGUUGAUGGGUGUAAACUGCCAAUCACUUUGCACGUUGUUUCAAACAAAAUAUUGACGAAGCACGGCCUGUUGUUAGGCACUGAUUUUCUGGAUCAGGUAGAGUUACGGGUUAAACGGGGCGAAGUGACUUUCUUGCGGCUUGACGAACGGACUAACAAAGACGUGUCGGAUGUGUUUAGAAUUAACGUAGUAGAACAGACUGACGAAACAGACCUAACACACGUACAGGAACCGCAUUAUCGUGAAGCGAUUCAGGAUAUUAUUAAAGGGUAUAGGCCGGAGAAGAAGAGAGACGUCGGGAUAACCGCGAAAAUAGUUCUGAAAAGCGACAAACCGGUAGCGCGAAGACCGCGAAGACUGGCGCCGAGGGGGAACGGGCAGCAUGUCGACCAGGUUCAGAAAUACCUGAAUUCCACCGUAAACAGAAGCACAGGGAAGACUCCUUUCCAGCUACUGGUCGGGGUCGAAAUGCAAGUCAGGGAAGAGGCGAAGAUUAGAAAGCUGAUCGACGAAGAGUGGGCCGCGAGGUUUGAAGAACAACGUCGCGAGCUACGUGAGGACGCGAAGAAGAAGAUCGCCGCAACUCAAGAGGAGAAUCGUCGAAGUUACAAGAAAAGAAGAAAGCGUGCGAAGCAGUACCGAAGGAAGGACCCGCACACACCUCGAUUUUAUGAAACCUUGGGUCCUAAACGCCGAAAGUGACGCAUCUGAUGACAGCGAGAUAGAAGGCAACAUCUGAGGGCAGAUGUUAUUGCAGGAUGGCCGAGUGUAGUAUCGUGGACGAAAGGCCUAAGAAAUAUCGGGCGAACUAUGAACAAUGUCGCGAGAGCCGAGGCGCCAUCGGGCCCAUCGAUGUGUCAUCGGUCUUUUCAAGUGCAUACUUCGCCGAAAAGACCUACGUGACCCUGGCUACGAGCGUCUGCAGAACACGUGUGCGGUGGGCCUAGCAAAAGACAAUAGAGUGCUACAACGGCCAGAGAGUCAGUCGAGAAGCAGAGUGCGAGUUGAGCGGAUACGGAGUGUGAGUCGGCGUGCGACGAUAUUGUAGUCGGUCCUUUUGUUAUCGAAUAUCACUUAUUAAAAUACAUUAAACU